UUAAUUUCAGUCGUAUUCUAGUCAUACAGCUGUACAGUGUUCUGGGUGUCUGUUCUCUCUCUUUGUAUAUUUAAAGACGAAUACGAUUGGAAGCCAAUAAUAAAAUUGUAGAUACAUCUCGUUUGUUUUGUGUAGUGAACGCGCUAUAAGAUAGCGCGCCGGUUUCUAUCGAGUUUGUGCUAGACUAUAAAAAUGAGUGCUGUAGAAGAAUUCGAGGAGGAUCAAUAUGUGGACGUAAACUCGUUGCCGCUAAGGCCACCACAGCGGCUUCUGCCCGCGGAGCGGCCGACGCGGCGUCCGUGGCACCCAGUCAUGUGGGACAGCUCCAUCAUUGGUAUCCCACCACCAGAGCACAAGGAUUCAGACGAGCCGCAGCCAGAGGGCAGAGAGUACCCGCACAAGCAACGCAUACGUAACCUUCGGAGACUCAUCGCCGACGGCAAGGUGAAGCCUACUCCAGAGACACUAAUAUUUUUCCUUUGUAAUAAAUUCGCAGUUUCUGAAGAUAGGGAAAAGAAGGUCCAUGUUUAAUAUAAGGUGCACGGCGAAAGCUUCAAGUAUUAAUUUUAUGUAUAAUGUAA